UUAUUCCUCACUCCUUGCCAAAAGAGAAUUCUCCUCAUCUAUUCCACCUCCAUUGAGAGAGAGAGAGAGAGAGAGAGAGAGAGAGAGAAUCACACCUUUGUGUAGAGAUAGAAAAAGAGUUGGACCCCUCACAAGCAGUAACAAGAGAGAAGAUCAGCUGAGAAAGCAAGAAAGGAUCCAUCAAAUUCCAGUUAGGAAGCUAACAAGAAGCAACAAUGAGUACUAUGAAAUUUUGCAGAGAAUGCAAUAACAUACUGUAUCCAAAGGAAGACAGGGAACAGAAGGUCCUUCUUUAUGCUUGCCGCAAUUGCGAUCAUCAGGAGGUUGCCGACAACAACUGUGUCUACAGAAAUGUGGUGCACCACUCCGCUGGCGAGUUCACACAAGUGCUACAGGACGUUGCAGGCGACCCGACACUUCCUCGUACGAAGUCCGUAAGAUGUGCCUCGUGUGGCCACGGUGAAGCAGUGUUUUUCCAGGCUACCUCAAGAGGUGAAGAAGGUAUGACACUGUUCUUUGUUUGCUGCAAUCCAAGCUGCGGCAAUAGAUGGAGAGAGUGAUGAAAUCAUGCUAACCGGGGCUUCCGCACUGAUACCGGACAGAAACCAUUGUUCAGCCGAGAUUUUGAUGCUUCAACACUUUGAUGAUAUCCUGAUAAAAUGCUAUUAUGCUGAUUGAAAUAAAUAAUCGACAUUAGUGGAUCAAGAAUCCUCUGAUGUUGCCGAAACAUCACUUGCUUUCCCAUCAUCUUGAUUCAUAACAACUGAUAAGGAUAUUAUUCUUUGCACUU